UUCUCCUUUUCUCUUCUCUUCAUAUCCCAACUCAUAAUACGUAUACUUUUCGUCUCAUUGGUAGCUCUUCAGCUCAACAUAAAGCUGUAUACAGUUUGAGCAAUAUGGCAACGUCUCGAAUGAUCAGCUCUCCCUUACGUACCGCUCGUUAUCGGCUACCUACUUUGAGUAGGAGGUCAAUGGCGACGGUACAAUCUUCUAUCGGUGAUAAGAAGGUGGAGAUGAGUAAUUUGGAACAAGGACGUUAUAUCAAUUAUCAACGUAUUGAGGAUAAUUUACAAAUUGUCAGGUCUAGACUCAACAGACCUCUCACACUUGCAGAGAAAAUCGUCUACGGUCAUUUAGACAACCCACACGAACAAGACAUAGAGCGUGGAGUUUCUUAUUUGAAAUUAAGACCAGACAGAGUAGCAUGUCAAGAUGCUACUGCACAGAUGGCUAUCCUUCAAUUCAUGUCAGCCGGUCUUCCUCAAACCGCUGUUCCUACUUCAGUCCAUUGUGAUCAUUUGAUCCAAGCUCAAGUUGGUGGUGUCAAAGAUUUGGCCCGCGCUAUCGAAAUCAACAAAGAAGUAUACGAUUUCCUCGCUACUGCAUGUGCCAAAUACGGAAUUGGUUUUUGGAAGCCCGGUAGUGGUAUCAUUCACCAAAUUAUACUGGAAAACUAUGCCAUUCCGGGUCUUAUGAUGAUUGGAACCGACUCUCACACUCCCAAUGCUGGUGGAUUAGGUAUGGUUGCCUGCGGUGUUGGUGGUGCGGAUGCUGUAGACGUCAUGGCCGAUAUUCCCUGGGAAUUGAAAGCUCCCAAAGUCAUUGGUGUCCGCCUCGACGGUCAAAUGAGCGGUUGGACUACUCCCAAAGAUGUUAUCCUCAAAGUCGCUGGUAUCCUCACUGUCAAGGGUGGCACUGGCGCUAUUAUCGAAUAUCACGGUCCUGGUGUCGAAUCAUUGUCCUGCACUGGUAUGGCUACCAUCUGCAACAUGGGUGCCGAAAUUGGUGCUACGACCUCACUUUUCCCUUUCAAUCACCGAAUGAGUAAAUAUCUCGAAGCCACCCGUCGACCCGCUAUUGCCAGAUAUGCCGAAGAAUUCAAUCACAAUCUCCAACCAGACGAAGGGUGCGAGUACGAUCAGUUGAUCAACAUAAACCUCAACGAGCUCGAACCACAUAUCAACGGACCUUUCACUCCCGAUCUUGCCACACCCAUUUCGAAAUUCGCCAGUGAAGUCAAGAAACACUCUUGGCCCGCCGAACUCAAGGUCGGACUUAUCGGAUCAUGUACCAAUUCUUCAUAUGAAGACAUGACACGAUCGGCUUCCAUUGCUACAGAGGCAGCUAGUCACGGUCUCAAGGCUAAAUCUCUCUUCACUAUUACCCCAGGUUCGGAGCAAGUGCGUGCAACUAUUGAACGGGAUGGUGUGGUCAAAGCCUUCGAGGAUGUCGGUGGAGUGGUGCUUGCCAAUGCUUGUGGUCCUUGUAUCGGUCAGUGGGAUCGUAAAGACGUGAAGAAGGGAGAGGCGAACUCCAUCGUUACCUCUUACAACCGUAACUUCACCGGUCGUAAUGACGCCAACCCUGCCACCCACGCUUUCGUCACCUCUCCCGAUCUUGUCACCGCUAUGGUUUUUGCUGGUGAUCUCACUUUCAACCCUUUGACUGACACUCUGAAAGGAGCCGACGGCAAAGAGUUCAAAUUUUCUGAACCAUCAGGGUUUGAGCUUCCCGCCAAGGGCUAUGAUGCCGGCGAGAACACUUUCCAAGCUCCUCCCAAGGACGGUGCCAGUGUACAGGUUGCCGUUUCACCAACCUCAGACCGACUUCAGCUUCUCAAACCAUUCGCAUCUUGGGACGGAAAAGAUAUCAUUGAGGCUCCUGUGCUUAUCAAAGCCAAGGGUAAAUGCACGACGGAUCAUAUCUCGGCCGGUGGACCUUGGCUCAAAUACCGUGGACAUCUUGAGAACAUUUCACAAAAUUGUUUGAUCGGCGCCAUCAACGCAGAUAACGGUGAAGCCAACAAAGUCCUCAACCAAUUCACCGGAGAAUACGGUCCUGUCCCUACAGUGGGAGCUUCCUACCGCGACCAAGGAGUGCCUUGGGUUGUUAUCGGAGAUGAAAACUAUGGAGAAGGUUCUUCACGAGAACAUGCCGCUCUGGAACCUCGUUUCCUCGGUGGUCGUGCUGUCAUUUGCCGAUCUUUCGCCCGUAUUCACGAAACCAACUUGAAGAAACAAGGAAUGCUCCCCCUCUGGUUCAAAAACCCUGCCGACUAUGAUAAGAUCUCUGGAUCCGACAAAAUCUCCAUUUUAGGACUGAACGAGUUCAAGCCUGGUCAGGAUAUCACGGUCGAAAUCACGCAUAAGGAUGGAAGCAAGGAGAAGUUCUUGUGUACUUCUUCCAUCAAUGAGGGUCAAUGGGGAUGGUUUAAGGCUGGGUCUGCUUUGAACAUGAUGGCCGCUGCUGCUAAAGCUCGAGGGGCAUAAGCUUCGAUGCUCUUGUGCCGAUCAUUUCGCCUAUCCCAAAAAUGUAGCAAGCCUCAGUGGUUGGAGGAAGUUUGGAGGAAAGAAGAUGAAAGAGAAACUGACAUCUUGUGAUGAAGAGGAAGUUGUUCCUUGUUCUUUUUGUUUCUUGUCUCGAUCCUCUGGUUUCCUGCCUGAUCGAUGAUGUUGACGAGAUAGCAUGCGAUACGAUUGUGAUUUUAUGUUGC